AUGUUGAUUAAUAACGCUAUUACUAGUGCCACAACUUCCCUCUCUCACAAAUCUGACAAGCUCUCUUGCUCUCCAAAUCCCUACGCUACUGACUCCUACUGUAGUCAGCUUGAUAAGGAGAUUAAGUUAAAAAAUGAACAACUUAAUGAAGCUAAAAACAACUCUAAUAAAUCACUAAUAUCCUCUUUAGAAUCACAAAUUAAUGACUUAAAGUCCAACAAAGAUGACUGUGCUAAGUCCCAUUUCAUGGACCAGCAGCGUAUGUCCUCCCUUGAGGCGGAAGUGCAUGAUGGCAUUGAUGUUAUUGUGAAGCUUACACAGUUUAGUGGCAGUGAAGAUAGCAUUAUAGAGUUAAUUAAGAAAGAAAUUGACAGACUUAAUAAGCAGCAAAAAAACUGUGAAACCUGUCAAAAGUCUCAUCCCUCUGCUGACUGUCCUCAGCAUAAAAAGCUUGAGGAGCUUAAAGAGAAACGUGAUGAAAUUAGCACUAAUAAAGAUAAUAAUCCACGUGAUUUACUUGAUAACCUCUGCACAGGCCUCGAAAAAUUUCUCGGCUACGAGAAUGGUAAUUACACCGGCUCCGGCAUCGUGUACUCGGACCUUGACAGGCUCUGCGACGGGGUGAUGUCUUUCCUUCAUGGUGUUUUAUAUAACAUUCAGCCUAAAUUAGGCUUACAUAAAAAUAUAAUUGAUGAUGCUUUAAGGCUUCUUGAAGCCAAUGAACAUCUUGGUAAAAAUGGCUUUAACAAUGCGAUUGGCGCAGUGCUCCAGGGAGUGGAGAAGUAUAAUGAGGGUGUGAAGGAGUCGAACAAAAAGGUGAGUGAACAAAUUCACAGCUUUCAAAGGAAGAUGAAUGAACUUAAAGAGCAAGUAAGUGUAAUAUUGCCAGAGAAAAAAGCUGAGGAAACGAUUUCUCCAAAACCAGUGGAGCCGUAUAGCUCCAAGGAAGUACGGCUGGGAGAAGAGAACAUUAAGAAAAAAUUAGAGGACUGCAAAAAUAAUGCAAAAGAGUUCAAUGAAGCUCUAAAUAUCAAAAUCAAUAAAGACAAGAUAAAAGAGUCAAUUGAAGACUUAAAUCCCCAAUUGCAGGACAGCGUGAUGAACGCCGUGAAAGCAGUGCAGCAUGAGAGUAAGCGCCUUGAGGAAUUGUCUGAGAGGGAAGAAAAUGAGUUGAAGGAGACGACGGAUAAAAUCAGUGAAGUGAUGAAAAAGCUUGGAGAAGAUGUGAAUUUGAAAAUUGAUGCAAAAGUGCAUGAACUUGUGGAGCAUUUGAAGGGGAAGGUGACGGAGAUUCAGCGUCAGCUGGAGAACAUCGGUAGGAGGUUCCGGGACUACGUUAACGGUCUGCAACAAUGGAUCGAAAAGGCGGAGAAAGUUAUGAGUGACGCCGAAAAACAGGUCGACAUAGUUUUGGGUCAUGUAAAUGGAACCGGCAGCACAUACUCCCAGCAGAUCACAUCGACAGCCAACCAGAUUGGAGUGGAGGCUAUGCUGCUGCACGGGGAGUUUGAAAAUUUGAAGCAGAAGUAUAAUGAGGUUUUUAAAACUAUUAAGGGAGAGAGUGGGGAUUGCACAGACAACGAAUGCGUGGUGAAGAAGCUUAAUGAUGUUCAAAAUAAUGUUAAGCUACCCCAAAAAUUCGACGAAUUUAAGAAAUCGAAAGGGUAUGUUGAUAAGAUAUGGGAGGGUUUAAAGAAGGGGUUGAAUGCGGCGUGGAAUACAAAUGGAGUAUAUAGUAAACAACAUCCUGGUCUCAACGCUUUGAAAGCUGCUGAGUUCUGGAAUCUGAGAAAAUUGGCAGGGCGCAUUGAGGGUGCCAUUGGAGACGAUGACCCCGACGGUCUUGGAUAUCAUUUAGAAAAAUCCCUAAUAUAUCUCAAGCACGCCGAUAUCAGUUGGGGUAAUGCAUCAAGAAAACUCUCCAAUCCUGAAUUACUCCGAGAAGAUGUUCUCAACACCCUCAAAACCGAACUAGGCAAGCAGACUAGCAGCGCAGAAGUCGACAGUAACUUUCUCCGCGACCUUCUCAAGGAAGCUGUUAAGAAAGGUAUUUCCAAGCUCCAUACAGAAGUGAGUAAAAUUGUCAAUAACAAGCUAAAAACUAUUGAGCAGUUAGACGUCACGCUGAAAGAGAAAGCUCAAGAGGCAAAAUCAGGAAUCGAAAGCCAGGCCAACAUAGUGACCCACAACCUUAAUGAACUCUGCAGUGCUAUCAGACAGGCCGGCGAUUAUAGCAAACAGAACCUCAAGAAAUUAAAAGAUGAGCUUUUCAUGACAUACACAAAAGAAGCUAAGAAUGCCAAUGAAAGCAUUAAGAAGAUCCUCAGUGAACUCAGUGAUCUGCACAGUGAGUUGUUAAGCAAGCCCCUCAAAUCAGCGCAGGAAUUUGUCAAAAACGGUGCCGCAGCCGCCGAAAAACACUUCGUCGGACAGCUCAAGCAAGAAGUCGACAAACUCAUCCAAGCCGCCAGGACCGAUCUCACCACCCACGCCCGCAAACAGUAUGUUGAAUCAAUAAAAGACUUGUUAACGAAAUUCGCCGACAAGGUGCAGAGCGAAUUGGAUCCUUUGCCAGCAGAAAUAAAUUAUGAUUUAACGAUAGGUCAAAAGGGAUUUAUGAAGAAAAUACAUGACUAUUUUGCUAGCCCAAUGAAUGACUUCUUCCCGAAACGUGUCGUUUCCACUGAGCAACCAAAAACCUUGAAGGAUUUUGCUGAUAAAGUAAAUCACUGUUUCAACCAUUUCAUGCUACGGCUGCAAGACCAAGAUGAUUACAAGGAUGCCCACUCACACUUCAAGAGUCCGCACGAAUCGCUGAGCAGACUGCUGAACAAGCUUGUGGACUCCAAGCACUUCGACCAUAAAUUCAGCGAUAACCUUGAACGCCUCCGCAGGAGGCUUACUGAGUGCGUGCCUAAGCAGUUUGGUGAGACAUCCACUGUUUUGUUGGAGGCGCUUAAAAAAGGAAUGACAGCCUUGGCCAAGGAGCUGCGCAACGCAUAUGUUAGCACGUACUCCGGUGUAGAGUUUGCCGAUCAGUUGUGGGCCACUAAAAAGGGUUCAGAGCCAAAAUCCGAAUUGACCGACGAGGGAAGAAACUGCGCCCAGGCGUGUCUCACCCUCUUGGCAACCUUGCAUAACGAUUUUACCGUACUGUUGAAGGAACGUAAAACGCAUUGGAACAAAAAUAUUUGCCUCCUUACCAAAGCCGGAGAGGAGAAUGCGUUUGGUCACUUGCUCCGUGAAUGCGGUUUCCGUGUCCCCUCCAAGGAAGGCAUUCAGGACGGCGAGUUAAACUGCCACGAGGACAGAGACAGUACAUAUAUUUAUAAGAAUCUUCUCAGCAAACAUAAUCUUGUCAAACAGGAGGACGACGAUGAGACUAAAAAGGAAAAUCACAGUCUCGUCAAGAAGCUCUUCGACCACCUCCACUCUUAUUAUGAAGUCCGCCAUCUCGAUCGUCCGUCGUCACCUAGGGCCCCCAGUAAUAUACAACAAAUGCUCACAUGGCUGACCGGCCUGCCACAUAAUCACGUUUACCAAGAGCUGUCAGUUGACGGUCUCAGUAGCCUGUUUGAAAAACCGAAAGGAAGCAGUAAGGACACUAUCACUGUUUCAGUCGAAGGUGGCAUCGGUUCGGGAGUCAAGGCUGCCGCAUUGGUCGAAGAUCCCGACACCCUGGAGGCGUAUCCACAACCGAUCACCGCGACUAAAUUAAGAAACAACCUUGAUAACGUAUGCCAGUAUUCUCACCAUGUGCUGACUUCCUUCUUAGGUCACGGCCAUGGCGACGGUAUUUACGCCUGUGAAUUUAGCUGUAAUUCACAAGGUCUCCUAUACCCGUCUAACAUGAACACAUUAAUAUGUAUGCUAUUAGAUAUUCUCCAACGUAUUUACGAACAACUGUAUUUCCUGUACCAAAUGUGUACGCACGAUACUACGUUGAGUGGGUGGUCGGACUGUUGGUACGGCAGCGGUGUUGGAGGUUCCAGUUGGAAGUGCAACAGCUUACAGUGUGGUAACCAUGCUGGCAACCAGACACAUAACCAAUGUGGUAACCAGCGUGCCAACCAAGCAGCUGACCAACUGGGUGACCAAAUGGUCAACCAAAAGGCUGACCAACGCUGUGACCAGCAUCCUACUUGUGGCCUCAAAUCCCCUCUACAAUCCUUCCUGGAAGAUGGGUUACAGGGCUUCCUGCCACACAACUUAGAUGGCAACUCCGGCAAACUCAACUGCCCAGUCAAAAACCAUUUCAAUGUGCCGUGCAAAACACCGAUGGGCUUUGCCGAUAUCACCAACGUAGCAUCGCAUAGACAAACUGGUAAUUAUCUAAGAGACAUUCUUCGUGAUUUCUGUGGUAAAUCAUCUUCCCUCACUGUGCUUCUCAGUCAACUGAGAUGUGUCCUUCCAAGCGCACCUAAAACGCUCGGAGACAUGUUCGGGUUCUACUACAGUCUACUCAAUGGGUGGAAUGAUUCUAGGAACAAGGGGCGCUUUCAGCAUAGGGAAACAGCAUUCGAAAAGGCCGUUCAAAAUGCCAAUUUCAAGCGUUCCGAUACGAAGUUGAACGUCACUUCCAUGUUCGGUAGCACUAAUCACCUCUCCGGUAAAAACACGCCGCACCUCAAUGGAGACCUAUAUUCACUCGUUCUCUGCAAUCCAAAGACUACAGCAGUGGACAGCUGCGGUCCAUAUAUUAAGCCACUAUGUCGUGAAAUCAGCGGUAUGUUUGCCGAAAAGCAUGCUGGUAAGCAUCUGUCCACGGUUGUGUAUCUCACAGAAUCAUUCUACGAUUUACUGAAGCAGUUGUAUGAAACAUGCAACAGCAAGUGCGGCAAGAAGGAAACAAAGUGCUAUGCAAAGAGCUGUGCAAAUGGCUGCGCAAAGAGGCAGUCAAAUGGCAAAGCAAACGGUAUAAUUCACGAAGCUUCAUGCAGUUCUAUUGUGAGCUGCAAGACAACGCUGCCGAUAUUAUACAGCAACGGAUUUGUAUUUGGAGAUGCAGCAGCUCUGAACACUAUGACAACCAAAAGAACGUGCGCAGAUUUUUGCAGAGCGAUAGAAAAUAUCGUGAAAGAAGGCAAAGCCCUGUAUAUGAUUGUUUACAAGCACAUUCCAGAAUUCUUAUUCAAGAUCCGCGAACCCUUCAUCUGGACAUUGUUAGCCCUCUGGUCGCUGUCGCUCCUGUACCUGCUGCACAUCACCGUCGUCCGCCUCGACGUCCUGAGGAUACGCUCCCACCUGAGAUCACCCGCAAGCCACCGCAUCGCCGCGCAGUCGCUGCUCGCCGCCGCUCGCGUCAAGGCACUCGCCAACGUCAAAGCCUUGAAGGAUCUUGCUGAACGCCGUAUCUCUCUUGGUACGCUUGCUGGACAGCUUUCGGGUUUUAUUGGCGGUGGACAGGAAGUUAAAGAUGCAAUUUUGAAGGCUUUGCACAGCAAUGUAAAUCAGCUUGUUGGGCUUUUAAAUAAAUCUUGCGGAGGUGAGGGGUGUUGUAAGGAUGUUAAGAAUUUCCGUGAUGGACAUCUUAAAAAACUUCAAAAGACAUUUAAUGACAUUGAUGAAAUUGAGAGAGAAAUUAAUGGCCUUAAUAAGCAAAAAGAUGAAAAAAGUGAGGCGCCUGGAAGGGCGCCUGAACAGGCGCCUGAGAUUGAGAGGCUUAAUGAGAAAAUUAAGCAAAAUGAAGAGAAGCUUAAAGAGCAUAAAAAGCUUGUUGAACAGCAAAUUGAAGAGCUUAAUGGUGCUUUAAAUCAGCCUAAAAUCAAAAUUGAUGAAUACAUUAAGAAGCUUAAUAAAGAAAUUGCUGACAUCAAUAAGAAUAUUGAAGCGCAUAAAAAUGAUCCUAAAAAUAAUGCUAUUAAAGAUGCAGAUAUCUCCAUUCCCUACAAUCUUUCUAGUCAGCUUGAAACUGAGCAGGGCAAAUUGCAGUCUCAUAAGACUUCGUUGGGGUCUCUUGAAAGUCUUGAAAAGCUUAUUACAUUUCAUCAGAGUGUUGAAAAGAAUAAAGAUGGAGAAUGUUUAAGCAUUUUAAACAAUUUGUGCACCGGGCUGGAGAAGUUCCUUGGUUACCAAGAAACUUCCAAAGGCUACGACGGCACUGGCAUCGUGUACUCGGACCUUGACAGGCUGUGCGACGGGGUGAUGGCGUUUUUGGGUGGAGUUCUUAGUGGAGUGAGAAAUCAUCCAAGCGUUUCCACAUACUAUAACAUUAACAAAACUCUUACUAAUAUCUUAGAUAAAUUGCAUACUGGGCGUGAUGGUUUCCAUGAUUUCGUGGUGUCUGUACAGUCUAUGCUUAGCCAUUAUGGGUUGGCCGUUACGGCGCGAACAAAUGAUGUAGUAGACGGACUUAGCGCACUUAGUAGCGACUUAGCACGUAGGCACAAAACAUCUGUAGAUACUAAUAAAUCUAUGGCACUUGAAAGGCAGUUGACCUCUUGGAGGGAUACUGUGGAUGGCAUAUCCACUGCUGUAGAAAACAUUGAAACUCAGUAUAUUAAUUUAUUAGAUAAAUCACUUUGCGAUAAAAUUAUGCAUGACUUUGUGCGUGUUAAGAGUGUAGUGGAACAUAUGAGAAGUGUUAGUGUUAACGAUGAUUUGGCCGAGAGGGCACGGGCGGUUGAUCAUCAUUUGGCGAAACAGAAGGAGAAUAUUGUGGAGAGCAUGAACGAUGAGAGUAAGAAGGUGCAAAAAUCGUUAACUGAUGGGUUUAAUGACGUUGCAAAAAAUAUUGAUCUUUUGAAUAAGAUAAAGAAGGACCAGUUUAGGCGUAUUAAGGAAGCAUUGGAGGAUGCUCAGAGACUAGUUGACACCUUUGACGGGACAUAUAAAAUGGGAGUCCUUGAUAAGUUUAAGGAUAUUAGAACGGCAGUAGAUACGUUGUAUUACAAUUUACAGCACAAGCAAAUUGAUCUUGGCAGUCUGGUCGAGCAGGCUCAGGGGGGUUUAGAGACUUUGAAGGCUAAAGUCAAAGGUAGCCAAAAAGAUAGCAUAAACACCAAUUGGGAUUCACUUGGAGUUAAGAUUAAGGAGCUUGUCGAUGUAAAACUAAUUGGUGAUGCAGAUCAGGGCAAAGGCCACCUUGGUGGAAUUGUGAAGGGUGUAAAGGACUAUGUGAAUGUAUAUAAGGAUUUUGAGAACAAUUUUGUGAAUUCGUGGUUAAAUGUAAUUGUGGCUGAGGAGCCGAUUAAGGGUAAUCUCGAUUAUUAUGUAACCCAAUGUCAUAGCUAUUUUGAUACGAGAUUCAAUGGCGACCGUGUAGAAGAUAAAAUAAAAAUUUUGGUUCCAUUAAUUGCAACACAAAUUCAUAAGCGUGUUAAAGCAUCUUUUUUACCAACAGGCAUUGUUGAUAGGGACUUAGCCCAGAUUAAGAGUUAUCUUGAUGCCGUUUCAGAGGCAGUCAAUCCCAGCAACCUCAGCGGAAUCGUUGAGGCGGUUGAAGGGGUUAUUAUCCCUCCACAGCAGACAGACGCAUAUAAGCAUUCGAAUAUGAUGUACCGAAACUACCUUAAAAAAUCAUUAGAAACCAUGCUCCCCGCCCUUUACUCCACUGCGAAACACGUAGGCGAGCAAAUCAAUUCUUUCAUCCAAAAGUCCAAGAUUGACAACUUGCUGGGGGAGGCUAUAGCAAGUGUCAAAGAAAUCGGCCAAGAAUUUGAAAACGAUAAGGGAGAGUACGGACAGCAUAUAACGAAGGCCAUUCAAGAUGUUUCAACGCCAAUUGCUACGCUUGAUACAGUAUUGCACAAAAGCGCGGCCCAAACCGGCUCACUUAGACAUAAGCUUGAUAACGCAACCAACGGACUACAGAGUGUUCUUGAUGAGCUCGAGAAGCUGAAGAAAGAGAAAGAACAAGAAGGUAACAUUGAGGAGAGAAAGCAACAAGCAGGUAAUAAAAUGACGCAGUUGAAAGAAGAGAUUCAAAAUAGAAUCCAGGCAAUAAUGAAAGCCGUCCUCGAUGCCGAGGUGUUUAUUCAAAAUGCCAUUAAUACCGUCACGGAUGCCGUAACGAAAUGGUAUGACACCGUCCAAAAAGCAGUCACAACUCUACAAAGAAAUCUCCUCCAACAAGUCCACACAUCGUUCAAUAAAGUCACCACAGCCAUCAAAACCCUCUUCGCAGAUCAACACAAAUCCGAUCUGAACGCCCUUAAAGAAUUGGUCGACGCGCAGAAGAAGAUCAUUGAAGGCAUAAUAGAGGAGGACAAAAAGACAGCCGUAAAGGGCCUAAUGAACAAGCUGAGAGACGGAGAUGUUUCUGAUUCUAGUAACUUGCUUACUCAACUCAUGAAGGCUGUAGGUACGGAUAACUCGGGCACCAUAAAGAAAUUCUCCAAGCUCUCGGAGGCGUUCAAAAACUAUUUGCGUUCACUCUUCCUUUAUAUUCACAAAGAUGUUGGGAGACUGUUUAAGUCUGCAACGACGAACGUCUACUCCCCCAAGGUCCAAGAGCUUUAUGAGCGUGUCGAGAAAUUGCUUGUACAUCUAAAUAAUAACUCCGUUCCAAAUAGAGUUUACAACUUCGACUACAAUUUCUCCCAAUUGUUUGACCAACUUCAAAGUCUGCUCGAAAAUUUCCAUGCCUCGUCGUCUUUCUCCGACGUGUCGUUGCCUCUCUUGGAGAUCCUCAAACAGGGAAUGACGUCCUUCACUGGAGAGCUUGGACAGGCGUAUAUUAAUGAAUACGCCGGCACAGAGAGACUCGGCAAGUUGGUGACUAUAGAAAAAGAUAAGGAGCAGUUGACCAACGAAGGAAGAAACUGUGCAAAAGUCUGCUUGACGCUUCUCUCCACCUUAAGCACCAGCCUAGGUAAAUUGAGAGUAAGGUGCAAAAAUAAUUGGCAAUAUUUUACAAUUCAUGAAGGCACCGCCGUCAUUGUAGACAAGAAUAAGAAAGAAUGGCAGACCGAAAACCCCCUUGGUCACUUCUUCCAGAAGUGCGGCUAUGAGGUGUCCGACGCUGCCGGCAAGCAAAAUGGCCAUUUGCGGAAUAAAGAUGAUUGCAAAGGUCAGAAGGUUUAUGAUCUUCUCGUCACCGAAAGCGAUUAUGAGCAUGUUUACCACAAGCAUGAAGAUUCCGAAUAUCCACUGCAAAAGCUGUACCACUGCCUCCAAGACUACUACGCUGUCGGUCACAUCGCCACUUCAUUCGCCACCAAGUCGCCGUGUUCCGUGUAUGAAAUGUUACUCUGGUGUGCCGGUCUCACCUAUAAUUCUGUUCAUUCUGCGCUGCUGGAGACUAUUAGCGAAAAGCUUGAAACUCCAUCUAAUCCACUUGGCGCCGACGCCGAUGGCCUUGUUGCGUUUGACAUGAAAGAUACAUUCCUAAAUACAUAUCCACAUAAAGUCACGUAUGCAAAUUUCGAGAAUUUGUUAGACCAUAUUUGUUCGAAAUCUGCCUCCAUCUUGACGACCGUUCUCGGCUUCGGCGACGAGCAUACUAUGUACGCCUGUGAUUUCUAUGAUAACUCCAUGAAAUUCUAUUAUCCUAAAAGUGGAGCAGAGUGCUUAGAUACAUUAUUAGACAUAUUGCGUCGAAUGUUCCCUCCGCUUAGAUUCUUGUUCUUCCAGUGCAGAGUCGGUGAAUCAGACUACGGCUGGGGGGACUGCCACUACGGCAAGAACACAACCCCAGCCAAAUGGCAGUGUACCAACCACUCAACGUCUGAAUCAAAUUGCCAACCAAACUGCCAGGCAAACAGCAAACCAAACUGCCAACCAACUUCACCGUUAAUGUCUUACUUAAAUGAUUGUUUACCCGGUCACUUGCCACACCAUCUGAGUUCCAUUGGCUGCAAAUCAGUUUGCAGUAAUUGCCCUAAAGGCCAGCCUGGAAUGCCAUGCUUAACACCUCUUGGCUUCAGAGGUUUCUCUGGGACCACGCGCAAGGGUGAAGACCUAAGCAACGUGCUGCGUAACUUGUUCGGUGACACAUACCUUGCAUCGCUCUUCUGUCUUGCGCCCAAAGCACCAAGUACACUUCCAGAACACUUCGGGUUUGCGUUGUCACUUGUUAGUAAGUGGAAUGAGUCUGGUAGUCAUCUCAUAGAAAAUGCCUUUAAAAAGGCUAUCGACGACCGUUCCAUUAGCCUAUAUGAAAACGCUGCCACCCUGACCACUGCGCUGAGCAACGCUUACGGUAGCAGCCAGAGUAGUCACAGUAGUGACAAACAUCCAACUAAGAAUGACGAAAUCAAAUACGGUGACUUGUCAAGCCUCUGUAUGGCCACCGCAUGUUCCGGUCAGCUGUGUGCCCCUUAUGUAUAUACGUUGUGCUCCGAUUACUACAGUUACUUAGGCAAAUCGCAUUCCAAGCUGUACCUUUCCUGGGCAGUUUACUCGCCGUGGUCGUUAUGGAGUUACCUCGAAAGUCUAUACAACGCCAUCAAGGACAUCUUCUGCCAGGACUGGGGAUGCAGAGGAUGUCUACGUGCUGAAACGUGCAGACGUGGAGAGCAUGGCCUCACCGACGAGAAAACGAAAAAAGCGAAUUGUCAUUGUGAAUCGAUGGUCCAAUGCAGAGGAAUGAUGCCGACGCUGUAUAAGUACGGUUUCACAUUUGGUGCGCCAGCAGCGUUGAAUGCCAAAGAUGGCAAGAAAACAUGUUCCAAUUUCUGUACUCAAUUACAUAAUGUGCUGCACUCCACAUAUUUCGAUAAGCUGUUCACUGAGUGCGAUGAAUUUUUGAAACAAAUCAGAUUCCCCUUCAUGUCAUUAUUGUUAGCCCUCUGGUCGCUCUCGCUCCUGCACCUGCUGCACAUCGCCGUCGUCCGCCUCGACGUCCUGAGGAUACGCUCGCACCUGAGAUCACCCUCAAGCCACCGCAUCGCCGCGCAGUCCCUCCUCGCCGCCGCACGCGUCAGGGCACUCGCCAGCGUCAAGUACUUCUCACCAUAA